AUGAGUAGAAAACCUAUAUUUUUCUCAGAUAAGUAAGGAUAAUAAAGUUAUACAUAUAAUUAACCUACUCAAAUUUAAACUGGUAGACAAGCUGAUACUAAGAUUGCUAAUAUGAAAAAUACAGAACAUCUGUUGAUGGGUAUAAUUUUUAUAUAAUUCAGCUCCUUAACAUAAUUCUCCAUUUUCAACUUUAAGCACUGCAAUUUAAUCAUAUGAUGCUUCAUUCUUAAGUAAUAAAAUUGAUGAUGCUGGAUUUUAAUAAAUUUUGAAACAUGUCAAUUAAUUAAUAAUAGAUAAAACAUAGGCAUAAGAAAUAAAGAUGAAAGAAUUGUAAAAUCAGAUAGAUUCAAAUAGAACUAUUAUUUUUGAUAUUAGAGGAUAAAAUCCAAUUAAUGCAGAAUAAUUAAGCAUAAAAUUUAAAUAGUUUGAAGAAUCUGUAAAUUCAAUUUUUAAUAUUUAAGAUAAAAACAUAAAUAAAAAAGGCUUAAGAAGAAUUAAUGAAUUAGCAGGUUAAUUUUUAAAGUGAUUAUUAAAUAAAGUUUAAAGAAUUACAGGAUUAGACUGAUAAUAAAUUAAAAUUUAUAUAAAAAGAAAACUAGUAAAAUUUAGUUAAAUUAAAAGAAGACUCACAAUUAAGAAUACCUCCUCAAAUUAAUAUUAGUGAAGAUAAAAUAAUAAAGGACAUUCAAUAAAAAAUUAAAGAUCUUUAAUUAUUAUUUGAUUCUCAACAUAAUGAAUUUGCAUUAUAUGAUUAAAAAAUUAAGUAAAAUUCUCUAUUAAUGUAAAUUAGAUAAUAAAUGACUAAAGUAGAAAAAAAUAUAAUGGAGUAAUCUUAAAAAAUUAGUGUUUAAGAAGAAUAGACAAUUGCUUAAUUAAAGACAUUCUAAAAUAAUUAAUAAAAUAAUAUUGCUAUAGCUAACAAAAAACUUUCAGAUGAUAUUGAAUUUAAGUUGUAAUAAGUUUAAAAUUUGAUCCAACAAAAAACAUUUUCAUAAUCUGAUAAGUAAUUGAUAACUUAUUAUUUAGAUUAACAGAAUUAACACUUUAAUAAGCAGAUUUUAAUAAAAUUACUCAAGGAGUUUAUGAUUUACAAAAUUCAUAAAAAUUACUUUCUUAGUAAUACUAAGAAUUAUCUCUAAGAAUAGAUUAACAUCUAUCUUAAAAUUCAAAAUAAGAACUUUAUCUUAAAUAAUUAGAAUAGAAAGUGGAUUAUGUAUACUGAAUUAUAUAUUUUAGAAUAAAGAUGAAAAUGAUAAUGGAAUUACUUAAUUGAAAUUAGAACUUUCUAGUCUAACUAAAUAAUUUGAGAGAGUCACUUUAGAAUAUAAAAAUUAGUUUGAUUAUCUCAUAGAUUAAUAAAAUAAAUCAAAUGAAGAGAUCAGAAAAUCUCAUUAAGAAAUACUGUUUUCAUUUAAAUAGACUGAAUAGACCCAUUGGAUUGAUGAAUAUAAUAAAAAACAACCUGAAAUUUAAUAAGCUUAGGUUUAAGUGUUUAAUUAUGAAGAAGAUUCAGAAAGUAAGAGUGAUCAUUAAAUAAAUGAAUUAUCGGAAUAAAACAAUAAUGUAAUAUAUCAUUUUUAAUUUAAUCAGGAUUAAAUAGAACCUGAAUUUGAAAAAGAGGCAUUUAUAGAUAAAUUGAAAGCAUUGAGUCCAUUUAAAAAUAACUAAAUCUAAGAAGAAAAGAUAGUGUUAACAAAAGAGGAGAAUUAGGAUUAGUAGAAGAAAAAUGAUUAGAAAAUUGAAGAAGAUGAUGAUGAUGAAGAUAAUGAAGCUACUUAUUAAUUAGAUGAAAAUGGUUUCUUAUUAGAUGAGGAAGGUAAUUAUUUAUUAGAUGAAAAUGGUUAAAUGAUUCAAUUAAAUGAAACCUAAAUAGAGUACUUAAGAAAGUAAGAUAUGGUAUAAGAGGAAGAUAAUUGA